AUGGCCAGCAUACCGGAGAUCUAUCCCAAGCUGCGGGAAGCACUGGAGCGUUUUCUCCAUGACCAGGCAGAGGUGGAGAGCAAGUGUCUUGAGUUCUGCCUGUAUUGGUUGUCAAAAAAAUUGCAACAAACCAGGCGGGAAGCAAUCAGUCGGGCACGCGGUUUUGUAGAAAAGUUUCGAAAGGUCACGGAGAUGGACUUGGCAGAGGAAGACAUCGUGUCAAUGGAGGAUCUCGCUGUGGCCUGUGCCAAAUCUCAAUUCUGGGACAAGGAUCUCUGGCAUCCAAUACAGACUCAUUUUUAUCUGAAGAAAUCGGACGGAACCUGGAUCGCACCUCACAAGUGUGGCAUUUCGUGCCAUUCGGAAUGUGAUCAAUUAGCCUUGGAAGAGGAAAUGUCCACCUAUGCAGAAUUCUUUAAAUCUUGUCCAUAUGAGCACCAAUCAGACGUGACAAUGGUUGCAGACGAUCUUUUGUGCCUUUUGAAGCCCCUGCCGGUGGAAGAGGAGUUGCUUCCUCCUGAAGGGCGAACAGAUCUGCGGAUUUGGGAGAUCUUUGCAGCUGCAAAGGCGCAGCAGAGGCAGUUUAACAUGGUGGCCGUCUAUGCAAACUGCCUGCCCGAAACCAAUGAGUUGGUGCAGUCAAUGCAGGCCAAAUUCAAAAGCCUCCUGAUAUCUUUCAAACGGGUGCAGUUGCACCUGGAAGGAGAAAGACUUCUUGGCAGAGAGCUCAGCUCCAAGAUGACCGGCUUCGCCAUGCGGCUCAAGUCCUGCUGCCGAGGAGUUGUGGGAAAUAUGACCUCGGAGGAAUACGACCGCAGCAAGGCCACCCGGCGCUGGUCACAGCUCUCGGCCGAAGCUUCGCAGAUUGCAGCUCAGGUGAAGGAGCUGGACAAUUCCCUGGGCUCAUGGAGCCUAGUCUCAGGAGGUGGAAGGCCUAUCGAAAGCUCGGAAGUUGGCAGCAUGGCAUCUGGCCAUUCGGUUGACAGCCAGUCCUCCUGCCUGUCGGGCCAUGGUGGCCCUCACUGUUUUUUGCCCUCCUACCUCUUUAAGUCCUUGCAGGCCGAUGACAAGUUGUCAUCGAAGUCCUCCGUUUGGGCCAAUGCAAAGGAUUUGCAGAAGGGCUGCAAGAUCAUUGCGGCGGAUGGUACCUUGGUAGAGGUGAUCAAGUUGGAGGUGCAGAAGACCAACAAACUGCUCGAGUUGGAGAUUGAUGACGCAGCGCCGUUCACCACGACCCCCAGCCACCGCAUCAUGGUCCCAUCGGAUGGUGACGACAUGACCAUCAAGGCGGUCGACCUGAAGCUGGGGAGUUGGGUGAUGUGCAGCGAUGACAUGGCCAAGAAGGUUGAGGAACAAGAGGUGCUGGCCAUCACCUUCCACCCAGACAAGGCCGUGGCGUGCUUCCUGCCACCCGAGGAGCCCGUCGUGUUGACCAAGGGCCGAACCCUGAAGCCGCCGCGCCGCGGUGGGAUGGGCGGCCGCAGCGUGAAUCAUGAGCUCAUCAGCAUCCCAGAUACGGCAGCGGGUGAAUAUGAGGUGUUCUGCGGACCGAAGAGUCAGCGAUGGUGCUGCAAUGUGGUGAGUUUGCAGAAGAUACGUAGGAUUCGACCGCCAAACCGAGUGGAUGUGAAACGGCUAAGCACGGUGAUGGGUGCAGGUGCCAAGGGCACUGGUGGAAAUGUGCCAGAGACGCUGCUGCGAUCAGCCGUGGAGGGGCUGCUGAAGACGGUGGCUCGAGAGGACCUGGGAAUCCUGCUGCCAAGGCCGUUGGAAUCCAUGGCCAGCAUACCGGAGAUCUAUCCCAAGCUGCGAGAAGCACUGGAGCAAUUUCUCCAUGACCAGGCAGAGGUACAGAGCAAGUUGGCUGAGUUGAAAGGCGAACCUCGGACGUCGGAAAAAAUGCAACAAACCAGACGAGAAGCAAUCACUCGGGCACGCGGUUUUGCAGAAAAGUUUCGAAAGGUCACAAGGAUGAACUUGGACGAGGAAGACAUCGUGUCAAUGGAGGAUCUCGCUGUGGCCUGUGCCAAAUCUUGGUUCUGGGGCAAGGAUGUCUGGGAACGAGAAUAUUUCGAUACUUUUGGACAUUAUGCUUCUUGUCCAUAUGAGCACCAAUCAGGCGUGAAAAUGGUUGCAGAAGAUCUUUUGUGCCUCCUGAAGCCAGUUCAAGAGGAGUUGCUUCCUCCCGAAGGGCCAACAGAUCUGCGGAUUUGGGAGAUCUUUGCAGCUGCAGAGGUUCAGCAGAGGCAGUUCAACAUGGUGGCCGCCUAUGCAAACUGCCUGCCCGAAACCAAUGAGUUGGUGCAGUCAAUGCAGGCCAAAUUCAAAAGUCCCCUGUCAUCUUUCAACCAGGUGCAGUUGCACAUGGAAAGAGAAGGCCUUCUGGGCUCCGAGCUCGGCUCCAAGAUGACCGGCUUCACCAUGCGGCUCAAGUCGUACUGCCGAGCAGUUGUGGGAAAUAUGACCUCCGGGAAUUGCGACCGCAGCAAGGCCACCCAGCGCUGGUCACAGCUCUCGGCCGAAGCUUCGCAGAUCGCAGCUCGGGUGAAGGAGCUCGAGCUGCCUGAGGUCAAUUCCCUGGGCUCAUGGACCGUGAUCUCAGGAAGUGGAAGGCAGAUGGAGGACUUGGAAGUUGGCAGCAUGGCAUCUGGUCAUUCAGUUGACAGCCAGAUGUCUUGCCUCUCAGGGCAUGGUGGGCCGCACUGCUUUCUGCCUUCAUACCUCUUCAAGUCCUUGCAGUCGGAGGGCAAGUUGUCAUCGAAGUCCUCCGUUUGGGCCAAUGCAAAGGACUUGCAGAAGGGCACCAAGAUCCUUGCAGCAGAUGGUACCCCCAUAGAGGUUGUUAAGGUCGAGAAGCAGUUGGCCAAGAGACUGGUUGAUUUGGAGAUUGACGAUGCAAUGCCGUUCACUACGACGCCGAACCACCGCAUCAUGGUCCCAAAGGACGGGGAAGACAUAGUGACUGACGCCACCAAAGAGGCGGCAAAACUGGACGUGGGGCAGUGGGUGAUUUGCAGCGAUCGGGUGGCCAAAAGAGUGAUCGGAAUAAGGAAAUACCUUGUUGAAGAACAGGAGGUCUUGGCAAUCACCUUCGAUCCGGACAAGGCCGUGGCGUGCUUCCUACCACCUGAGGAGCCCGUCGUGUUGACCAAGGGCUUGACCCCGAAGCCCACUCGCCGUGGUGGGAUGGGCAGUGGUGCCAAGCAUGAGCUCAUCAGCAUCCCAGACACAGCAGCCGGUGAGUAUGAGGACUGA